GGGUGUUCCAGCACAUGACAAAGUACGAGUGUCACUUCAUCAACGGCACCGAACGGGUGAGGUACGUGCAGAGGAACAUCUACAACCGGGAGCAGUACCUGCACUUUGACAGCGAUGUGGGGGUCUAUGUGGGGGACACCCCGGAUGGGGAGAGAUGGGCAAGGCAGCGGAACAGUGACCCAGAAUUCAUGGCGAUCAGACGGGCUGAGGUGGACACGGUCUGCCGGCACAAUUACGAGGUGGUCACCCCGUUCACUGUGAACCGCAGAGGUGAGCGUGGGGCAGAGCGGGUCCCCUCGGGCCCUGCCCCGGGAAUGACCCUGGAGCCCCUCAAACCCUCCCUGGGAAUCACCCCAGACCCCUCAGCCCUCCCUGUGCCCGUUCCCGUGGCAUUUUGCCCCCUCCCAGUACACCCCAGUCCAUCCCAGUCUCUCCCAGUGCCUCCCCGCGUCUCCAC